UCACAGCCAGGUUGCCCUGGAGUGAAGCAGUUUAGUUAGAAGGGGCAGUUAAGCGCCUCACUCUAGUGGCUUUAACCCUCACCUGAGGUAUCUUAGCAACCAUCCAUUGCCCACAGGCCUCUAAGGUUUGUCUUUACCUCAGAUGGAACCCAAAGAAGUCAUUGGGAAGGAAAACAUAGGCACCAAGAAAAAGAAUCUGAACUUCCUGAGGCCCAGACUCUAUAUGCUGGAAAGAAGGAAGACUGACACUGUGGUUGAGAGCAAUGUUUCUGAGGACCGUUCUGGUACCUUGAGGAGGAGCCAGUCUGACAGGACCGAAUACAACCAGAAAUUACAAGAAAAGCUGACUCCACAGGCUGAGUGUCACGUAGCUGAAGCCCUAACCCCAGAGGAAGAACAUCAGAUGAAGAGGAUGAUGGCAAAGCGGGCAAAAAUCAUCAAGGAGCUGAUACAGACGGAAAAGGAUUAUCUCAACGACCUAGAGCUGUGUGUUAGAGAAGUGGUUCAACCUCUGAGAAAGAAACAGAUUGAUAAGCUGGAGGUGGAUAGCUUGUUUAGCAACAUUGAAUCCGUGCAUCAGAUAUCAGCCAAGCUGCUUUCGUUGUUGGAAGAGGCCACAACAGACGUGGAACCCGCCAUGCAAGUAAUCGGAGAAGUAUUCUUGCAAAUUAAAGGCCCAUUGGAAGAUAUUUAUAAAAUCUACUGCUAUCACCAUGAUGAAGCGCGUAGUGUACUGGAGUCCUAUGAAAAAGAAGAAGAGCUGAAGCAACAUUUGAGUCACUGUAUCCUGUCGUUAAAGAAAAUAUACAUGCAAGAAGGUAAACCAAACUUAUUGGACAUGGGAUCUUUGAUGAUCAAACCAAUUCAGCGUGUGAUGAAAUAUCCCUUAUUACUGUGUGAACUUCGGAAUUCUACUCCUUCCUCCCACCCAGAUUACAGAGCACUAGAGGAUGCCUUUGCUGCAGUAAAAGACAUUAAUGUUAACAUCAAUGAACUUAAAAGAAGGAAAGAUUUAGUUUUAAAAUACAAGAAGAGUGAUGAGGAUGAAUCACUUAAAGACAAAUUGUCUAAACUAAAUAUUCAUUCAAUUAGCAAGAAAUCAAAAAGAGUGACAAAUCAUCUAAAGAUUCUGACCAGAGGAGAAUCACAGGUGAAAGAUAAUAUCUUCAACAGGGAAGAGAAACUGUUUAGAUCUUUAGAAAAGACUGUGAGGCAUUGUGUGAAAAACGUUUCAUUCUGUCUUCAACACAUGCAGGACUCCAUGCCCUGGGUUCUGCAGAGUGUAAUGGAUUUUCGGGAGAUUUUAUACAACAAAGAUGAGGAGGAAAGGGGUUGUUCAGAAACCCCAAAUAAUGCUUUAAAUCUCUGUCAUGACUUUGCAGCUCACUUACAAAGACUCAUCCUGACCCCUCUGUCAGCCCUGCUGUACUUAUUCCCAGGGCCUCACAAGCUCAUCCAGAAACGCUAUGACAAACUGCUGGAUUACAACAGCUACCUGCAGCGGUCAGCAGGAGAUGAGUCAGACUUGGCGAAAAAGGAGUAUGAGGCCCUCAAUGCCCAGCUUGUGGAAGAGCUCCAGGUGUUCAACCAGGCUGCUAGGAGGAUUCUGUUGAACUGUCUGCAUAGCAUUAUCACCCUCCUCAGGGACCUAAUGCUCAAGACACAGCAGGCUUAUUCCACAGUGGUACUGGUGCCACUAUUGGUUUCAAACAUUUCUGAGAUUCAGAAUCGAGUACUAGAAGAGGUUCAAAACAUGAAUUUUGUAAAAGAUAGCAGUACCACUUUUAUUGAAAGAAAACUCAGUUUUGAAAAGAAGAAGCCUGUGCAGAUUCUGUCAGAAAUGCCACGUCAAACUGACAUCCACCGCUCCAAACUUCUAUCCACGUACAAUGCAGAAGAACUCUAUCAAGUUAAGCGCAAGUGCAAUGCGACACAAGAAUACGACAUCAGUCUUCUGGAAGGAGAGUUGGUGGCUGUGAUGGAACAGAAAGAUCCAUUGGGGAGUACAAGCAGGUGGCUUGUUGAUACAGGAAUUGUGAAAGGAUAUGUGUAUUCUUCCUUCCUAAAACCCUACAAUCCAGUAAAAAUGCAGAAAGUCGAUACUGAGAACAGGCUCUGUGAUGAUGAUUUUGAGAACAUCAGCCUCUUUGUGUCUUCACGACCUGCUAGUGACAGUGUCACAGGUACCCCCGAAAGCAGCAUAAGUGAUAGCAGCUCAUCUCUUAGUGGCACGUGUGGAAAGCUUGAAACAAACGGCACUGAUGUUGACAGUUUUCAAGAAGUAGAUGAACAGAUUUUCUAUGCCGUUCAUGCUUUUCAAGCACGGAGUGACCAUGAACUCAGCCUUCAGGAGUAUCAGAGAGUCCAUAUACUUAGAUUUUGUGACCGAAGUGGCAAUAAAGAAUGGUGGUUAGCUGAAGCUCAAGGACAGAAGGGAUAUGUGCCAGCUAACUAUCUUGGGAAGAUGACUUAUGCUUAA